AUUUCAGGGAAAUGAGUACACCACUUGUCAAAAAAGCAAAAUUAAACCUCAAAAUUUAAAUAAAAAAAAUGAUAGAGAGGCAAACACUUUGUGAUCAAUCUGGUUCAGAAAACGAAGGCACUUCAUUUGUUGCAAUCUCUACUUUUACUCAAGUUCUUCCCAAAAACAAGGAGAUCAAAAUUUUUAUGUUUUCGAUCAAUUAUCUACCUUCUUUAGCUCGGUGAUCAUCAUGUUACAUGAUCCAUGGCUUAAGCCAUGCAUGUUGGUUUAUUAUUUGAUUCAUUUUCUUCAUCUAUCUGGAAUACUUGAUUGAUUGGUCUAAUCGAUCUCUGGAAUAUAUAAGCUUUACGUAGUAUUUGAUAUUCUUGAUUGGUUCUUGUUUAUAAUUAAUUUUGUUGUAUCUUGAAGAGCUUACAUACAUGAGUCCAUAUAGGGAUGAAAAGGUGAAAAAGUAGAAUAUAACAUACGUUCCUGUUGCAGACAGAUCGAUAAAUUGAUCAAAUGAGUAAAGAGAGUAGUACUGUUUUUAAGGCAUGGGAGGCCACAGUUCGCAAGACGCAGGCUGCAAGAAAACGUGCAAAUAGUAUAUUUGGACUUUCUGUGGACCAUGAUCACGAUCAUGAUAGUGAUCAUGAUCAUAGUAGUGACGAUAGUGAUUAUGGCCCCGAGGAUAUGAUAUACAAUGCAGACAAGAUUCUUCCGAAUGGAGACUACUACACCGGACAAUGGUGUGAAAAUUUUCCUCAUGGCCAAGGCAAGUAUUUGUGGACGGACGGGUGCAUGUACGUAGGAGAAUGGUUUAAAGGCAAAACUAUGGGCAAAGGCAGGUUUAGUUGGCCUUCUGGGGCUACCUAUGAAGGUGAGUUUAAAAGUGGUUAUAUGGAUGGCAAUGGCACAUACACAGGUGCUAAUGGUGACACAUAUAAGGGACAAUGGGUUAUGAAUUUGAAGCAUGGCCAUGGUACGAAAAAUUAUUCCAAUGGAGAUUGGUAUGAAGGCGAAUGGCGAAGAGGGUUGCAAGAAGGCCAUGGCAAGUACCAGUGGAUAAAUGGGAAUCAUUACAUUGGAGAAUGGAAGAAUGGAGAGAUUUAUGGCAAAGGCACCUUCGUUUGGAGUAAUGGGAAUAGAUAUGAUGGAAAUUGGGAAGAAUGCGUGCCUAAAGGAAAUGGGAAUUUCAAAUGGCCUGAUGGGAGUCUUUAUGUAGGGAAUUGGAGUAAGGAUCCAAGUGAGCAAAAUGGUACUUAUUAUCCUUCUCAAUCAUCGUCAGAUGCCAAUCUCGAAUGGAAUCCUCAAGAUGUAUAUAAUAUUGAUUUAAAGGAUUGUACGAUUUGUCCCGGAGAGAAAGUUUCGAUUUUACCAUCACAGAAAAAGCUCGCAGUGUGGAGGUCAGCUAAGGGCAAUGGGGUUAAGCCGAGAAGGAUGUCAGUGGAUGGAAGGGUAAGCGUAGGGCUGGAGAGACCUAUGGAUAGGUUGCAAAUGUGGGAUGGUGGAACUGGUGAUGACCCUGCUUGUAAUGUUGGUGAUAGAGCUUCAACUGUUGGUAGAGAUCAAUUGAAUGAUCACGAUCUCUUGGGUCUAAAUGUUGAAGAAAGGGGCCAAAUAAAGGUGCCCAGGGCAGGUAGGAGACAAGGGGAAACGAUCAGUAGGGGCCACAAAAAUUAUGAACUCAUGCUUAAUUUGCAGCUUGGAAUUAGGCAUUCUGUUGGAAGACCAGGCCCGUCUGGAUCUCUUGAUCUAAAGCCUUCGGCUUUCGACCCCAGAGAAAAAUAUUGGACAAGGUUUCCUCCUGAAGGAUCCAAAUACACUCCACCACACCAAUCUUGUGAAUUUAAAUGGAAGGAUUAUUGUCCUUUAGUCUUCAGAACUCUUAGGAAGUUGUUCAAGGUGGAUGCAGCUGACUACAUGCUCUCUAUUUGUGGGAACGAUGCUCUUCGAGAACUUUCUUCUCCUGGUAAAAGUGGUAGCUUCUUUUACUUGACUAAUGAUGACCGAUACAUGAUUAAAACAAUGAAGAAAGCAGAAGUAAAAGUUCUUAUAAGGAUGCUCUCUGCCUAUUACAACCAUGUUCGAGCAUACGAGAAUACGCUGGUCGCUAAAUUUUAUGGUCUACACUGCGUAAAGCUAACCGGGCAACCUAUUCAAAAAAAGGUGCGAUUUAUUAUUAUGGGAAAUCUGUUUUGUUCCGAAUAUAGCAUUCAUCGACGUUUUGACUUGAAGGGAUCUUCCCUUGGUCGAACAACAGAUAAGGCUGAGACAGAAAUUGAUGAAAUGACCAUACUUAAAGACCUUGAUCUUAACUUUAUAUUUCGACUUCAGAAGUCAUGGUUUCAAGAGUUCUGCAGGCAAAUUGAUAGAGAUUGUGAGUUUCUUGAACAGGAGAGAAUAAUGGAUUAUAGUCUCUUAGUUGGCCUUCAUUUCAGAAAUACAUCAGCUGCUGGAAAUCUGAUUCCUUCUGGAGCUCUUACUCCUACUGGUGAGAAUGAGAGUGAUGGAACUCCCAAACUUUCCAGGGCAGACAUGGAUCAACUUCUUUUAGAUCCAUCCAGAUGGGCUAGUAUUAAACUUGGGCUAAACAUGCCAGCACGCGUGGAGAAGACUGAGAGAAAAAGUGAUUGUGAAUUUCAGCUUGUAGGAGACCCAACAGGAGAGUAUUAUGAAGUUAUAAUGUUUUUUGGCAUCAUAGACAUACUUCAAGACUAUGACAUUAGCAAGAAACUUGAGCAUGCAUACAAGUCCAUCCAGUAUGAUCCAACUUCUAUAUCAGCCGUUGAUCCUAAACAAUAUUCAAGGCGCUUUCGUGAUUUCAUAUAUAGAGUAUUCGCUGAAGACACUCCAUAAUCAAUUUGGUCACACUACAUGUACGUCUGAUAUAACAGCAAUUCCUUGUUAUUUUGUUCAACAGGCAAAAGAUAGAAAGUCAUUUUGUGGUUGAGCAAAAAUAGUUUCACUCUUUGGUGAUAAUAAGGCUAUAUGCAGGUGGAUUACGUAUUAAAUACUCCAUUAAAUUAUACCAACUAUUGUGAGCAACUACAACACUAGUGUGCAAUCUUUUGUAAACCAUAUCUUUUAGAAACUUUGAUAUCUUUUCCUAAUUAAUG